AUGCCGAAGAAAGAAGGAGCUUCCUUGCGAAAGGAUGCUCUAUGGAGGGCCUCUACUGCAAAAUCCAUCCCCAGAAUCCACCACUCCCUUCUUCUGCGUCUUCCCAUAACCCCUCUUUCCAAUUACGCCCUCGCCGUCAUGAACCACCCUGACCCUAUCGGAACUGGAUUAGUCACUGACGCUAUUGUCGAAGCCGCCGGACCCGAAUGCAUUGUUCCUGGCCACAUUACUCCUAUUAUAUUGCUUGGUCUUAAGGUGUGGCCAAUUGAAGUUAACAUGAAAUUUUUGGAACCAGUUGGUAAAGAACUAAAGUUACUUGGAAAGUUCAUGGAUGAUGCUGUCAACCUCAUGAACAAGUCAUUCAUAGAUCGCUAACGGUUAGGCUUUUCAAACUACUGGAAGAAGAGGCAGAAGCAAAUAUGGGUUGCAGAGUAUAGUGGAUUGUUGUUGCAAUGAAGAGUUGC